CAAAAACACCCCGGAGGUGAACGUGAGGCAGCGAUGAACCGACCGGGUUUUGACGGUGCUUCAUCAUCCCUGAGCUUCUCUACGGGGAUAACAGAAAAUGGAUGGACAGACUCAGAUCUAACAGAGGAGGACAUUGACAAUCUACGGAUUGAACUUGCGAAGAUGGAGGAUGAAAUUCAGACAUUGAGGCAGGUUCUUUUGGUCAGAGAAAAAUAUGCAGCAGACAUCAGGAGGCAGCUGGGUAUGAGUCCUCUCAGUAACAUCAAACAGAACCUGUCCAAAAGCUGGCAAGACGUCCAGACCUCGGCCCCAUAUCUCACAGCCUCUGCUACUUUGGAUGACAUCAGCCACUCCAACAUAUAUAUGAGGACACGGGAGAGUCUCACUCAUGCAGGCCAGGUGACAUCAUCCGCACUGUCCAUUAUGGGCAUGAACAUCACCAGGAGACUGGCAGAGAUGAGAGCUCUGCCUCUUCCGAGUCCACCACGCACCCUGAGCCACACCAUGAGUGUGCCGUCUAUGAGACAUUCCUCUACAUUCAAGUCUUUCGAGGAAAUGGUUGGAAAUGUGAAGGACAAGGUGAGUGGCGGUCUCACAAAUAACGGAGACACCUCUGGGUUUGAAAGAAGAUCCUCACGCACAUGAGGUGGACCCUUCUAAACAUAUCACAAUUUUUUCAUACCUUGUAAAGUUAUGAAAUAAUGUUAUUUUGCUCCCUUGUCUGUUUUAAUUUAACCACU